GGAAAUUUACUCUUUUUUUUUUUUCCAAAUUAAAAUGCAGUGUACCAUUUUGACAAAAUCUUCUGGAGGUCGGUUCAUAAGCGGGUCAGAACAAAUUAGUAUAAUAAUAUCAUGGAAAACCGUUUACGCCACACGAAAGCAAAGCAAAGUCAUACAUACAUACCUCUUGUUGUUUCUUGUUUUCUAUUGAAAAAAUCAAAAUAGAAAAAAAGGGCAAAAGAUGAGUAGUAGCGGUAGUUGUACAUGUUCUUAUAGACCCAUAAUUACUGCUAAAUCAAAUAUUGUUGUUAAUCCAUUAUUGAUAAUCCAUGGUAACCGUAGAUUAAAGAAAAGAAUACCGAGAAUUUGUGUUGUAAGAGCAUCAACAGUUGAAAAUAGCUCAUCCAAUUUUGUUCAACGCAUCGAGAAGGCCUGGUUGAUUUCCAAGCAACCUAGGCCAAUUAUAUGCUCUACUUGUGACUCAAAUGGCAAUGUGGAUUGCAAGUGGUGCGGCGGUACUGGUUUCUUUAUACUAGGCGACAAUAUGCUCUGUCAAGUGCCCUCUCGAAACACAAGCUGUGUCAUAUGCGCUGGAAAGGGUUCAGUAUGCUGCACAGACUGUAAAGGAACAGGUCACCGUGCAAAGUGGCUGGGUGAGCCUCCUAUUCCCAAGCCUCCUGUUGCCGAGGAGUAACACCUCUCAACUGAUUUCUUGAAUCUUUAAUCAAGUUCUUGAUCCUUGGACUGGAUCGACGUUCAGAAUGCUGCUGAAUGCAUCGUGAUACUUGUAUUCGUUGUUGAAAAUAAUACUAUUUCUUUUUCAGUUGUACAAUUGUUUCAUUAGUUUCAAGAUACCAUUUGUGUAAAGCACAUUGCUCUUUGGUUCUUUUUUGGGCCUGAUAGAAGCUUUCUGAAAGUGAUACAGGAGAUUGUAUAGCAUUAUUUUUCGCGAAGUUCAGCAACA